CCCGCCCCAUCACUCCACCGCGUUAGGAGCCGGAGGGGGGUGGUCUGCCCGCGGGUCUGGAAGGCGUCCCCUCCUGGGAGCCAGGAGGACUAGAUUGCAGACCCGGCCCCGCCACCGUCUCUCGGUGUCACCCUGGGCAAGUCACUUCCCUUCCUCGGGCCUCAGUCUCCCAGUGUGUUAAAUGGUGGGGGCGGGAUGGGCUUGGUGGUCCGGAAGGCCUGUCAGGCUCUCGCCGUUCAGCAGGAGGCCGAGCUUGUUUGUCCUGAAGUGAGCCCUGCUCAUUACUAAACUCUCGAAGCAGUGCGUUGUACUGAAAACAGUUCUGGGUCUGCUGUCGGAAGACCUGGCCUGAGUUCUGGGCUCUGCCACUGUCAGUUGGGCAAGCCAUUUCUCCUUCCCCGGCCUCACUUGCCUCCUCUGCACAAUGGGAAGCUUGGACUAGAUCGGGACAGAAUGCAGUAGCAAGAAAGCUGAUUUUAAGUCUGGUAGAUAUCAGAUACUGUGAUGUCUUGAACCUUUGGAGGGUUUUGGAAGUUCAUCAGGUUUAAAUGGAAAUUUUGGCUGCUGGAGCUUCUUGAUGGCCCUUCAGUGAUUUGCCACUAGAUUCUAGGGCAUUAUUGCUUUGCUUUAGUCAGGGAUUGGGGGGAGAAGUUAGCGAGGGUAGCCCCACUGGGAAAAAUGUUUGCCAAACUUAAAAAGAAGAUUGCAGAGGAGGCUGCCAUUGCACCAAGGCCAGGGGGAGCUGCACGAAUCCCAAGAUCUAUCAGCAAGGAGUCAGUUGCUUCUGUGGGAGCUGACUCAGGCGAUGACUUUGCUUCUGAUGGAAGCAGUUCUCGAGAAGACCUUUCAUCCCAGCUAUUUAGAAGAAAUGAACAGAUAAGGAAACUAGAGGCCAAACUUUCUGAGUAUGCUGAACAGGUGCGAAACUUGCAGAAGAUAAAAGAGAAGCUUGAAAUUGCAUUAGAAAAACACCAGGAUUCUUCCAUGAGGAAAUUUCAAGAGCAGAAUGAAACAUAUCAAGCCAACAGAGCCAAAAUGGCAGAAGGAAUGGCUUUGGCCCUAGCAAAAAAGGACCAGGAAUGGGCAGAGAAGUUGGCUCAGCUUGAAAAAGAUAAAAGACUGUUGACAGCUCAGUUACAGGAAAUGAAGAACCAAAGUUUGAAUCUGUUCCAAAAGAGGGAUGAAAUUGAUGAAUUAGAGGGAUUCCAGCAGCAGGAGCUGGCUAAAGUCAAGCACAUGCUUUUGAAAAAGGAAGAAAGUUUGGCAAAAAUGGAACAGGAAAUGGAGGCUAGAACCAGAGAACUGAGUCAUACACAUGAGGAACUGUUGGCCUCUGUUCGAGUAUCUUCAGAUUUAAGCUGUGAGCUGGAGAUGUUGCAGAGGCAGUACUCAGCGCUGGAAGAACAGAGGGAUCACUUGUUAGCUGCAGAAACAGAUGCAGAAAGUAAGAUCACUACUUUGGAACAGAGGGAACAGGAACUACGAGUGUUCAUUCAGCAGCUUUCUGUUGAUUUGCAAAAGGCCCAGGUUACCGCAGCUUGUUCUGAGAAGAGGUUGGGCACGUUGCAGGCUGAGCAUGAGUCUUUGAAGCUUGACAGUGAACAGCAGAAUCAAAAGGCUGCUGUCAAAGCUGAAGAGAGAGAGAAACUCAUUGAACAUUUGCAGGAAAAAGUUUUGUCCCUGGAGAAGAGACUAGAAGGAAACUUGUCAGGGGAAGAACAUGUACAGGAACUACUUAAGGAGAAAACUGUUGCAGAACAGAAAUUGGACGAUGCAAGGCAGCAACUGUUGGCUGCUAGGACCAGCCAAGCUGAGACAGUUAGCCUGCUGGAGACCCAGAUUACACAACUGAAUAGUCAAGUAACUGACAGCCAAGCAUUACUUCAUGAGAAGGAAGAAUUUAUAAAAGGAUUCAGAGAAAGCAGCCUUAGUCAGGUAAAAGAACUUGAGGAAAUGCUGCAAGUUUCAGAUGAGAAGCUCAAGAAGAGCAAUGAAAUAGUGAUUGAAAAAGAAGCCCAGAUUCAGAGGCUUCAGUCCAGUUUGGCAGAAGAAAGCAACAAAUUGCAACAGCACAUCUUGGUCCUGGAGCAGCAGUAUGCAGAGCAGGGAAACCGACUGGAGGCUGAAAUAGCUGCCCUUGAGAAAGCUCGAGAGUCUGACAACACAGCAGCAAACCAGCAGAUACAACUGCUAGAAGAAGAAAAUGCAAACCUUAAAAAAAAUAGAAAUGAAUAUGAAAACUCUUUAGAAGCCCACAAGCUUGAGUUGAAGAAGUUGAAGGAAGAAUGGAACCAGAGAGAAACUGUUAGUGUGGAAAUUGCCAAGGCGCUGGAAGAAACCCGGAAACAGAGGGAAGAUCUUCAACAGCAGGUUGCUGACCUAACAACAUUAAUAAAUGAGAAGGAACAGUUUCUCAAUGAGAAAACCAAAACUAUUCUCCAAAAAGAAGAAGAAAUUGACCAGCUGAAGAAAGGGCAUGACCUUGUCCUGCUACAGAUGCACCAGUUGCAGAGUGACAUGGAGGCCUACAGGUGUAAAGACGCCAAAAGGGAAGAAGAUUCUGAAGGAAAAGAGAUGAAUGUGUUGAGGCUGCAGAUAGAAGAGGAGGAGACCCUUCAAGGCCAGGGUGAGCCAAAUCAGGUAAUUGUUUAUGGAGAAACAGCAAAGGAAUUGAGUGAUGAUUUAUAUCCCCUCUCAAAUGAUGAAUGCACCCUGAACGGAGAAGUGGAUUGUGUUGAUAUGGUGCAGCUGCAAAAAGAAAACCGAGACUUGGAGCAGCAGAUCAUAGAGAAAAACAAGACUAUAAAGCAGCUGCAGCAGAGAAUGUUGGAACUCAAGAAGACCCUCCAGAAGGAGUUGAAAAUUCGGCCUGAAAAUGAUAUCUUUGAAGUUCGGGAGAAACCCAAUCCUGAAGUGCCUACUGCUUCCACAACUGUCACCAAUAACUCAGACUUAAAUGAUUCUCGAGAGAUAAAUUUUGAAUACCUCAAGCAUGUGGUUUUAAAAUUCAUGUCCUGUCGGGAAUCAGAGGCUUUUCAUCUCAUUAAAGCCGUGUCUGUGCUACUGAAUUUUUCACAAGAGGAAGAAAACAUGCUCAAAGAGACCUUGGAAUAUAAGAUGUCGUGGUUUGGGUCCAAGCCAUCUCCCAGAGGUAGCAUUCGACCAUCCAUCUCGAAUCCCAGGGUGCCAUGGUCUUAAAAGAAACCUGAGAAUGGAAAUUCCAUGUGUAGCCACUUUUUCUAUGAAAAGAACACAGCACACCAGUCUGGGUGGGUUUUUUAAUCACUGUAAUUGCAGUAUUUUGUACAAGCUUUGAAACAUUGUUUACAAGACAAAUAAUGGUUAGAGCUUCCUUCGUUGCAAACUGACAGCCACAUUAUAGGGCCGAUUUCAGAGAUUUUGCCAGUUGUGAAAGGAAGGGAUUGCUUUCCAUGGGCUUUUGUGGGUGGGAUGACAAGUAGCUAAUGGAAACUCCUGUUUCACACAGUGCUGCUAUAAAUCCCCACACUUGCACCUCAGAGGGUUCGUUUGCAUUUGGAUUUCUCUAACCCCUAGUGCUAGCACUUUAAGAGUUCUAACUAUUAGUAUCUGUCCAGAAGGCUAAAUGUCAGUGGACAAGCUAGUGCUGUGAGGGGUUAAAGUGACUGACAUUUAGUGGUACAGGACAACCUGAUUCCUCCAAGUUGCAUCUUGCUGAAUUUCCUAGAACCUCCAUAUGGCCUAAUGUGUUUUUAUAAAGACAUUUCCUGGCAUUUCCCUUCCAGUGGUUUGGAUCCCAGGGAGGGAAAAAGACUAAAAUGUUCUUAAUCCCUCCCACCAAUUCCUGAAGCUAGGUAUGUCCUGAUUUUAGAAUGUCAGAAGGUAUGAUUUCUGCCUUGGGGGCUGAUAGUAGUCAGUGAGGGACAUGCAACUUUCUGGAGGGAUCUCGUUUUACUUUUCUUAAAGAAAAUACUAAAAAAAGGUGUUAAUAAGUACUGAAUAUACUCAGUUGCCUUUUUAAACUCAUAUAUGUCUUGUACAGGUUGCUGGUAAACCAUUUUAAAGCAUACUUUUUAAAGCCAGAUUUGCUUGUAAACAUUUCUUCUGUCUUGCAGUCAGUUUACCAGUGUUCUUAGAGAAAAAUCAGAGAGGUAAAAGGAAUUGCCUUCCACCCUAAAUUCUCCAUCUUUCCCCCUCCAAUUCCAUAGCACUCUUAGACAAUCUCCUGAGAAAUCAGUAUCAGUAUCUUCUAUGUAGCAGAAACCUGGAUUUGCUCCCUCCCAAUUCUAUGCACAGUUGAGAAUGAGCAAACUAUAGGGUAAGGACAAAAUAAAUAUAUUGGCCCUUCUACCUUUGGCCACAAACCCAGUUUUGGAGAUGGAGAACUGCAACACAGCCUCGAUUGCCUUGUACGUAAAAACACUAAGCCUCCAAUAUGUAUAAACACACUACAGAUUAUAUGUAACAUAUAUAGGAUUUACAAAGCUUGAAGUGCUUGAGUGUGCUUACCUUGAAGUGCUCUGGCUGUGAUUGCUAGGGGCCAUUCUAUUUACCAACUAUUUCUAAGGAAAAGUCAAUAUAUAUUCAGCAUAGUAGGAUCUUAAAAUUCAUUCGAAAAGGGGAUCAUUUCAGAACAGACUAUAGCUUGCUCAAGGCUUCAUCAUGGUUAACCACUGACUUAAGAACCAGUUGCAGGAUCAUAUAUAUGUGAAUGUUUCCCAAGUAACAAGGAAGGGAGAUAUUUUAACAACAAAUUAUUUACAUUGCUCUGCCCAGGUUCUUCAGGAGCAUACAGCAAUGCCUGGUAUUCCCAAAGAGGGGAACAGCAUCACUCUCCCCACAGCUCAUCCCCCAGGUAUUUUUCGAGCCUAUCUCAGCUGCCCCUCCCCAAAGGGGGGGAGGCUUUUAAAAGGCUCAUAAAUUCUCACCAGGUCUGUGAGCCGAAAUAUUUCCAUUUACAACAUGAAGAUGUGUUUAGAAGCAUUUUUUUUUCUGAGCAAGAGGCAGUCCUACACAGAACUAAGUUUCUUUUACUACUUUGUUCAGCAUAUUUUCAGCAGCUUUGCCCAGGGGCAGGAGAAAGAAACUACUAAAAUGAGGUUGUAAUGGGCAAGUCUGAGCAGCUAAAUACUCAGCUCAAACAAACACACCCUAACCUGGAGUCACACAGGCCCUGCUCCUUCCUGCCUGAGUCAUCUGACCAUACCAUCUCUCUCCCUUGAUACAGGUUAAUUAUAUAUUUUUGGGAAGCUACUAACUAGGUCUCUGGGUAUUUAAGUAUUUUAAAAUUGAUGAUUAAGGAUUCCCUGCAUGUUGAUUUUUAAAGCAAGAGUGGUGUAAAUAUACUGAGUGAUUGGACAUACUUUAACAUGUAUAAAAAACAUAAAACUACUAUGGUAACACAGUUUAUAUGUAUAAAUAAUUCUUUAUCUGAGCAUUAGCUCUGGGUCUUUUCCUUCAUGUUGUAAAUAUUCAUUGUAUUAUGUGAAACUGUUGAAUUCAUUUGUGGUGCAAUAAUUUUUUUUUUUGAUUAAAGCUCUUAAAUCUAGGAUUUGGUGGAUUUUUGAUUUGUUUGCAAAAAGAAUUAAAAAAAAAAGAAUUUCAGAUGAGCUAUUUAUCAGCUAUAUGACCUUGUCCAAGUUACUUGACUUUCUUUGGAGCUGUUCCCUCGCAAAUGAGACUUGUACUAGAUAAUUAUGGUAGUCCCUUCCUGCUCUAAAACUUAUGUUAGCUAGUAAAGACAAAUAUUGAUUAAAGUGCUUUAUUGGGGCAGCUAGGUGGCACAGUGGACAAAGCACCAGCCCAGGAUUCAGCAGGACCCAAGUUCAAAUGUGACCUCAGACACUUGACACUAGCUAUGUUAACCCUGGGCAAGUCACUUAACCUUCACUGCCCUGCAAAAAGAAAAAUAAAAGUGCUUUAUUACAGAUUUGGCGACUGACUCCACAGGACCCAAAGUUCAAAUCCCAAUUCUGCUACCUACCCCACAAAGUUCCUUUUCCUCUCUGACCCUCAGUUCCCUCAUCUGCAUAAGAAGUGGGACCGGCUUUAUUAGGUCUCUCAAGGUUGCCCCAACUUCUCUACACAUCUGGAAGGAAAGGCAACUUACUGCUAUCAGUAGUAUGUUCACAUGUGAUCACCAAAGGGUUGGUUCAUGGUUGCUCUGCAGUCUUAAGUCAUUAGGUUUUUAAGCACAGCUCAUUAUUUUUAUUCUUGUGGGUUUUUUUUUUUUGGUGGGGCAGUGAGGAUUAAGUGACUUGCCCAGGGUCACACAACUAGUGUCAAGUGUCUUGAGACCG